GCAACUGCCUGAAAUGAGCGAAUGGGCUACUCUUCUAGGAUGUACUCUCUUGCUGGGGAAACUCAAAUAAAAAACCACUGUGUGUAGUAAUUUCCUGCAACAUUACUGUUUACAGAUGGCAGUUAAAGGGGCUAGUUGUGUAAGAAUUGGCCAACUGCUGAAUUCAGUCUCCAAGCAAAUAGUGGGCAGCGUAUUACCAGAAAGUUGGGGUGUCCACCCCUAUCGUAAGAAACAGGGAAAUGCACUCUGUGGUCCCUCUUCCCACCUCCCCUUCCCUGGUAUAUAGUUGGACUGGCCAUCAGACCUAACAGGAAAAAUAACCAGUGAACAUUAAGACAGGUGCAUGAAGGGAAUGUCUACUGGCAGCAUUUGACCCCUCCCUCCUCUCAGGUGCAGGCAGUUUCUCUGACAAACCACUCAGGUUCCUAAAAAAAGAAACAGAACAGAACAGCGCAGGAAGACAGAUGGGUGGGCUGUCACACAGGACAAGGGAACAUUACUGCUGAAGGAAGUUGGCAGUGGUUGGACUUGAGGUAUUAGUUCUAUACCCUUAUCUUCUGCAAGCACCACAAAAGGUUGACAAAAUGAUUAAAAAUGGACGCAAAAAUAGACUUCAAACUAUAGUUGUGCGUGAAUUUGAGCCAAAGGACAAAGCAGAGGUACAUCAGAUCUUUUACGAAGGGCUGAUGGAGAUGGUACCGGACACUGCCUUCAGAGGUUUGAAACAUCACCCUGAAAGUCUCCUGCUCUACACUGCUAUGACAGUUCUAUGUUUUGUCAUUACCAUGUGUUGGUGGGUGAUAGGAUUCCUCCCAGCAAUUGUGCUGUGUGGACGAUACUUCUGCAGCAGACAUGUUAUCCAUGGUUACCUGGAACACGCCAUGAGCACAGACAUGGGUGACAUUGAGGGGUUUUACAUGAAGUCACCAGAUGCCUGUCUGUGGGUAGCAGUGCUGGAAGGCAAAGUGGUGGGUGUUGUAGCAGCAGUUGGCCAGCAGAAGUCAGGAGGUGCUGUCGAGCUGCAGAGAAUGUCUGUUGACCGAAAGUGUCGGCGGUGCGGAGUCGGGUUCGCAUUGGGACAGAAAGUUCUGGACUUUGCUGCUGCUCACAGAUACUCCUUUGUUGUGCUGGGCACCACGGCGUACAGUCCGGCUGCCCACCAGCUCUAUCAGCGUCUGGGUUUCCGCUGUGUUGGGGUCACUAAUGGGUAUGUCACACCUGGUGCAAGAUGGUCCUUACUGGAGAGAAUUUUCUACAGAGUCCGCCAUCACCACUACAGCCUGGAUGUGCAACACAACAAGAUCACCUCAAAUGGACAACAAUGACCUUAGUGACAACAGAAUUUUGAGAAUAUCCAGGGAAACAAUAGAAUUGGUUGUCUAUUCAAAAAAAUUUGGUCAAUGCCUACGCUUUUCUGAGGGGCCACCUUUUGUGACCAUGUGAAUAAUGACUGUCCUCUUAUAGAUGCAGCAAUAGAGUUGUGUUAUUAGCAGUUUGUCCAAAACUUCAUACAUUCUGGUGUAGUGCUGUUAUACACUGAUUUGUGCUUUUUCUGCAAUGCAAUGUAUGGUGGAAGUGUCUUAAUGUAAAAGAAAACACAAACAUUUGUGCUAUGUGCUCAUACAGCGUGUGGCUGUAUGGUUAUGACUGGCUGGACUGUCCUGUCAUUCUGGAGCAUUUAUGUGUUUCCCCAGUUUAGCAACAUUGUUGAGAUUUCAUUCUUUAUCAGCCACACCAUACUAUGGCUGGUAUUAUUUUCACCGCAUGUGUGUGUGUGUGUGUGUCAUAAUGACAAAAUAUGGUCCUGGCAGACAUAUUGUAGGGAGAACUACCACAAAGGCAGUUUUGAUUACUUGGGUAGGUGUUCAUAUGUCUGUGGACAUAUAUAAACUGUGCAAAAUAAUGAAACGUUAAGGUGUGUAGUUGAGGUCAAAAUGAAGGCAGAGUUAGGGCUGGUGUUUUUUAAUUUGUAUAUAUUGUCAGUGUGGUUACUAGCAGAUGUCUCAAGGGCAUUAUCUGUAGCAUUAACUGGAACACCUGACCUUCCUCAAUACAAACCAGCUCUAGGUGCAUAACUACCCAACACCAGUACACACACUAGGGUUGACCUAAUUAAAUGUGGGUUCUUUCAUCAGUUGUCUCUGUGGUGGUUGUUGCAUCCAUUUUUGGUCUCAGGUUGUGCUCUAGAUACAGAGUUUCGGCUGGGAAGUGUACUUGUCUGUGUUUAUAGUGAUGAUCUUGCUGUAACAUUUAAAGUACUACUCUAGUAAGUUUAAAACAUGCUCAUUACAGUUUAUAAAAGAUCUUCUGACAACGGCGUUUUCAGAAACCAGAUUAUGGAACUGCUCAAACUAGCCAAAAUUUCUGACAUGCCGGAAAUCCAGCAAAUAAUUUGCGAGUCAGAUUAUCAAUUGUUCAGGAAAUGAAUCAGGCAUCAUGAACCAUCUCAAACUGCAGAAAUUCAGCCAGAUUGUUUGCAAGUGACCAAUUCAGGGCUAAAAGUGGGUUUAAUCCUUAUAGUGUCUGGCAGCUACAAACCAUUUAAUUUUGUCAUUGUUAUGUAAUUGGAAUUGUCAUUUGAAAUGUUUUGUGCUGACGGAAUGAGUGUAUUUCUUUUAAGAAUAAGUUAUAUAAUUUAUUUCAUUUUCUUUUAUUACUAUUUAAGUUCAGUAUUUAAUUCAUACCCAUUUGAAAUUUCUUAAUUAUAUGCAUAUAUUAAUAAAUAAAUAUGUUAUACAUCCCCACCCCCCCUCCCCUCAUAUAGCUCUAAUUUGAAAUCUAUGUGCUUGACAUUUUUUCAAACUGUAGGAGUCAUAGCUUUACUCAUAUUCACAAAGCCAUGAAGGUCUUUCUGUUUUCAGCAUUUGUGCUAUUUUCCAUCAGUGUAACAUUCAAAUGAGCCAAAUAUCUUUAUCUCAAACAACAGUACAAUUUUCUGUAUUCUCCACGGUGUGGUCAUUGCUGUGUGUUCAUAAUCCACUGUCUGAGGCUCUUUUUGAGAUCUUAACUGACUGUGGAAAACGCGGCUGCUCAGAUGAGAUGAUAAAGGGGUUGAGCAGCUCUGUCAGGACUCCUCACUUCCUCAUGCUUUGUCUUCAGUUGACAUACUCAGCAGUAAGACAUGUUGCCUCAGCAGCAGUGGGAAAGUGUCAUCAAAGAUUUCUGUCUUUAGUUGUACUGUAGCUUGUAUUUUGUCAAGAUAUUAUACACAAGUCCUUGUACAAAUAAAACUUUGAUAAAUUACCAUUUACAUACAUA